AACACAAUAACUAGCCGGGCACCAACACUCGGAGGCACAGCCCGUGGCUCCCGCGCCAGCCAUGGGCGCCACAACGCGGCGCGAGCCGCUGAAGCAGCGCGUCAACCGCUGCCUCCUCAAGCUUUCCGACCGCGACACAGAGGCCAUGGCGGCCGCCGAGCUGGAAGCCAUCGCGCGCGCGCUCGAGCCGGACGAGCUCCCGACCUUCGUAUCGGCCGUUUCGGACGCGCGCCCCACCGACAAGACCCCACUCCGCCGCCACGCGCUGCGCGCCCUGGCACUCGUCGCGGCGUCCCACCCGCGCGACGUCGUGGCCCCGCUUAUCCCGCGCAUCCUCGCCGCCGCGCUCCGCCGCGUCCGGGACCAGGACUCCUCCGUCCGCGCCGCGCUCGUGGACACCGCGCGCGCCGCGGCGGCGGCCUCGGCCUCGGCCUCCACCGCGCUCCGGCCUCUCACGGACGCGCUCCUCCACGAGCAGGACCAGUGCGCGCAGCUAGCGGCCGCGCUCGCCACGGCCGCGGCUGUCGAGGCGUCCGCCGUCACCGACGACCUCGCUUCCUACCUCCACAAGCUCCAACCGCGCCUCCUCAAGUUACUUCGCAGCAAUGCCUUCAAGGCCAAGCCCGCGCUCAUUACCCUCAUCGGCGCCUCCGCUACCGUGGGCGGCGAUGCCGAAGUCACUGCCUCCAUCCCGUGCCUCCGCGAUGCAGUCGCUAGCGAUGACUGGGCAGCGAGGAAGGCCGCGGCGGAGGCGCUUGCUGCAUUGGCCCUAGAGCACACGGAUCUUCUCACGACCUACAAAUCCUCUUGCGUUACCUUCUUCGAGGCCAGAAGGUUUGACAAGGUCAAGAUUGUGCGAGAGUCGAUAAACCGGAUGAUUGAGGCGUGGAAGGAGAUCCCGGGUGCUGAAGAGGACGAGUGCUCCUCCGCUCCGCCAUCAGCGUCCCAGUCACAACGAAGAUAUUCUCUUACAGGAAGUGCAAGUGAUGGGCGAUAUCCAGCUGCUUCGCUGGGCUCAAACUCAGUUCCAUCAGCAACAAGGAGGAGCAGAUUACCUGUGAGCAGAUCAUCUCCACCUGAUGUGUCACCCAGUGUCACCAAAACAUAUAGUCCUUCAUCCAUCAGGAACAAGAAGCUGUCACCGCCUUCAUAUCGGAAAGCGCGCCAAGCAAAUAAUUGUAACUACAAGGUUGAGAUAGCUGUUGCUCCGGAUGCUACACCAAUCAAAGUGGUGACGGAGGAGAAGCUGCUGGAAGGAGGCAAUGUGAGAGGCAGACUGGAGGCUAGGAGGGCACUCUUCCAAGGCAGCCAGGAUAGGUCGGCCAAGCUGGCUGGAUACAAAGCAGGGUCACGAGUUGUUCCAUACGAGGGUGGUGGUAAUUUGGAAGAGAUUUCAGAAGUUGAAGGUAGAUCGGAAAGGUAUGCAGUUCAGAAAGACGAGAGCUUGUCAGAAAUAAGGACGCAGCUCCUUCAGAUUGAAAAUCAGCAAAGCAGUUUACUGGAUCUUCUCCAGAAAUUUAUGGGGAAGUCCGAGAACGGUAUGCGUUCUUUGGAGACAAGAGUGCAUGGGCUGGAGAUGGCUUUGGAUGAGAUCUCUCGUGAUUUGGCCUUCUCUUCAGGAAGGAUGUCAAGCAGAGAGCCUGAUGCAAAGACGUGCUGCAUUCCGAGCCCAAAAUUCUGGAGAAGGCACAAUGGUGGUAGGUCUUCCUCAAGGUUUUCUGUCUCAGACGCAGCAAACAGCUCAGAUGGGAGCAGAACUUCUUACAAGUGGGAGAGGCAGAGGUUUGGGCUUCAGGGUGGGUUUGUCACAAACCCAUUAGCCGAGCCGAACAUUUCAUCUGCAGGGAAAACAAUGGUUACUCAUGAAGGCAGGAAGAAGGAUAAAACUUUACAAAAGUGAAGGGCGGGUUAGGCAUGAUGAAGACAUUCUGUUCCAAGCGUGAACUGCUCGAGUUUGCUUAUUAUCAUGGAGGCGGCUGUAGUUCUCUUUUCCACCGCGACCUCUUUUUUUUCCUAAGGAACGUACAUUGUCAUUUUUGGAAGCUUCUGAAAGCAUGGCGUGCGCGUGAACUAUGGAUGUAUGAGUCACUCCGAAGCUAAACUGUUUGAGUACUAUGCUAAGCUGAGGAGCUGCAUUCACAUCAUGUGGUGGAGCGCGAGGGAGGCUUCUUUAUCGGACAGCCUCACUUGUCACCGACGCAAUCAGGCACCCCCCCAAGCCGUGGACUACGCUGGGUUUGGCUUUGGCAUGAGAACGACCGCUGUGUUUGUCAUAAGUCAUAUCGUAACUAGAGAAACAAGUAGCUUUAUAAUCACAAUGUAUCACCAUCCUACAGAACUAUGGAUGCGUCUUGUACAUAGGCCGGAUAAAGCGCUUCUAUGUUCCCGAGCGUCUUUUCUUUA